AUGGUUCGUACAUUCACUUGGAAUCCAUCAACACAGAGUGAAGGUUUGAAUUUUUUGACCGAUGAAACGAAUCGUUUGAAUCCGACGAUGAAUAAUUCACUUGGUACGAGGAACAGCACGAUUCAAUCUAAAUGGUUACUGCAACCGGUUAACAUUGGGGGUAAGCUUUACUAUGAGCCGAUUGCAGUUACUAGUGGUGAUCAAAAUGCGUUGAUGAGAGCAGCAAGAGAAGCUGCCGUAAAUACACACUCACUUCAUCCUGAUGAUCCUUCUCCUGGUCCGCUUAAUUCCUUCAUGCUCUCUCAAAGUACUUCAGCGUUACAUACACAGCCAUUGGAUAUCCAAUAUAAUGCUGCCACUCCUCUACCAGAAACCGCAAUGCCGCAACACAACAAACAAUCUACCGCUCCAAUCAGAAGUGCGUCACACCCAAGAGCUUCUUCAACAACCUAUAAUGCCCAACAGCAAGAGAAAAAGAGAUCAGAAGUAACGACUCCUGAAGAUCCACCAUGGGUCAUGGGUAAUCCUCAGCCAAGAUCUGGUGUAAGAGGUUCUCAAUCAUGGCGAAACGCAAACUCUUUUCGAAGUUCACCGAUGCAUUAUACACCUCCACCGAUCGUUAACUCUAGCGAUGUGAUUAACCCGUACUCAUCAAUGGAUUUCAUCAGUGCCACUGCAGCUUCACAAACACCAAUGCCAGCGACAAACUUCAUUAAUGAACCAAAAGCAACAACAAAUGAACCGUCAUUGCUAAAUGCGAAUGUAUCGUCGAUAAUCAAUUACGACCGUCUCCAUCACAAGAACAAUAUUGAUCCAGCUGAACAACACAAACGAGAUCUACUUAAACAGAUUGAGGAGAAUAAACGACGAAAAGAAGAGGAACGUGAAAAAGAGUUGCAACUUGAACGCAAAGAGGAGGAAAGAUUCGAAGAAUACAAACGAAAGUUGCAAGAAGAGUUGAGGAACGAAGAGGAGAAAGCGCGCAAAAGAGCGCUGGCAGCUGAACAGAAUGCGGCUCGAAUUCGAGUGCAACCAUCACAAAUGCAACAGCAACAACAUACAAAUGAAGACGUUUCCUCUCGACCCACUUCAAAAGAGUGGUGGGAACGAAAGCAAAUUUACAGCAACAACGAAUAUCCAAUUAGUCAAUCACCAGUUAUACCAGCUCUCAGAAAUCAGAAAAGAGAUAACUCCUCAUCAGGGCGAUCGCGUAACGAACGACCUUCGAUCGAAAGAGCAAUGUCACGUCUGAGUGUCAAUUCCCAUUCAGCUUCACGCAAUAACAAUAAAAACGACAGUAACUACGAUAUCGGACAAAGUGAGUUAGAACGUGAGGCGAUAAGAUCAAGGAGUUCAAUGCGACCUCAUCGAAACAGUCGAUCACUCGGACGAGUGCCAUCCACCGCUGAGUCGAUCGAAAGUCGGGUUGAGUGGUGGGAAAAGAAACGCGGCUACGAUAAUUUUGAAAGCAGUCAGGCGAGAAAAUCACCGAUUGUUCCUACCUUAAGGCCAAGGGAUGAUGAGAGUAACGUUGGAAGACGAGAAAGCAGUGCGAUCGAAAAUGACGAAAUAAGCUCACAACGCGUUCGUAGUAGCAGAAUGUCAUCAUCGAGACAGAUGAGGACACAUGAUUCGAAUCAUUCAAGACGUAAUCAGUCGACGACAGAUUCGAGCUGA